AAUAGUGAAUAAUACUAUUUUAGGUUAAUUGUUCUCCAUUAAGAUUGGUUCUGUUAAAAUAGUUUUAUUGUUUUUAAUUGAAUAAUUUAUGCAUUAUUCAAAAUGCACCGCAAAAAACGCUUAAAGUUUAACGCUUGGACAUUGAUGGUCUUUCAACCUAUGUAUAAUACACGCACUUUCUCUUUACAUAUGUACAAUGAUGUGUAAAUACAAUUAAUUUCUCUCGCUGCUUCUUAUGUUAUCAUGUUCUCAAAUGCGGUUAUCAUCUUUGAAUCAGCUGUUUUCCAUUUUAUUCAUAUUUGAUUUGUGGCUAUUAAAAUUUUUUUCUUAUUAUGUCAAUGUGCGGCGGUCUUAACUUUAAUAUAGUUUUGAUAAUUUGAUUUUUUUCUUUUGUGCGUUAAGAACGAAUCAAGGUCAAAGAAGGGAAAGCACAGUCAAAAGCGCUGCUAGACUAAAAGUGAAAGCAAAAAAUAUAUAUUAUAAAAAUGGCUCAAUUGUUAAAACAAAUUAAAUCACCGUUAAGGAAGCAAUUUCUAAAUGGAGCAGCAGUAGUAUGUCCAGCACAACUCAGCAGGUGGCAGCAUAUAAAUGCACAAAAAGAUUAUGAUUUGGUUGUUGUAGGCGGAGGAAUAGUAGGUGUAGCUUCAGCAAGACAAAUAUUACUACGACAUCCCACGCUAAAAAUUGCGAUACUAGAAAAAGAGCCGAAGUUAGCGACGCAUCAGAGUGGACAUAAUUCUGGUGUUAUACAUGCUGGCAUUUAUUAUAAACCGGGUACUUUAAAAGCGCGUCUGUGCGUGGAAGGCUUACAUUUGGCAUAUAAAUAUUGUGACGAAAAAAAAAUACCGUAUAAAAAAUGUGGCAAACUUAUAGUAGCGACUGAUGAACUUGAAGUUCAACGUCUGAAUGAUCUACAUGAGCGUGGUAUGAAAAAUGAAGUACCGGAUUUACAAAUGAUUGAUGGUCCGAAGAUUUCCGAAAUUGAACCAUUUUGCCGUGGUGUUAAGGCACUAUGGAGUCCACAUACAGGUAUUGUAGAUUGGGCACUUGUUACUGAAUACUAUGCGAAAGACUUUAAGGACGCCUCCGGAGAUAUAUAUUUAAAUUUUAAGGUUGACAAGUUCACUGAAACUAAAGAUGGUAAUGCUUCCGAUUAUCCUGUCACGAUAUUAGGAAACAAACCACAUCAAAAGAUACGUACACGUAAUGUUCUUACCUGCGGUGGUCUUCAAUCUGAUUUACUAGCAGAAAAAACUGGUUGCCCGCGUGCACCACGUAUCGUGCCCUUCCGUGGUGAAUAUCUGCUGUUAGCGCCAGAGAAAUGCCAUAUGGUACGUGGAAAUAUAUAUCCGGUACCAGAUCCACGUUUUCCCUUCUUAGGUGUACAUUUUACACCACGCAUGGAUGGAAGUGUUUGGUUAGGACCAAAUGCUGUGCUCGCAUUUAAACGUGAGGGAUAUAAAUGGAGCGAUGUCAAUCCUGUUGAACUUUUUGAUGCUCUACGUUAUCCAGGUUUCGUUAAAAUGGCUUCUAAGUAUAUAUCAUUUGGUUUAGGUGAAAUGUCUAAGUCCGCAUUUAUACCGUUGCAAAUGAAAGCCUUACAACGAUAUAUACCAGAAAUUACAGAAUACGAUGUUAGUCGUGGGCCAGCUGGUGUUCGAGCACAAGCCAUGGAUAUGGAUGGAAACUUAGUCGAUGAUUUCGUAUUUGAUCGUGGUGUUGGUUCGGGAGCCUUAGCUAAGCAAGUUCUACACUGCCGCAAUGCGCCUUCUCCAGGUGCCACAAGCAGCUUGGCUAUUGCAAAAAUGGUGGCCGAUACUGUUGAAGUAGAAUUUAAAAUUGGCAAAGUUUAAUUAGAGUUUGGCUUUAGACUCUCUCUACACCGACGCAUCAAACUAGUUUCAUUUGUUUUAAUGAGGGAAACUAGUUUCGAAACGCAUUAUUAUAAUAUCGUGCAAUAUGUUUUUUAAUUUGUAUAGAAUUUUUCUUUUCGUAAUUAAUGCACACUCCUUUUUAUAUGUUGUGAAUGUAUUUUCUGAGUUCUUAUUUUAAAAGUUGCAUAUUUGCAUUGCUAUCUUUUCGAUCUCAAUGUAUACGCAAUAACCGAUUUUUGAACUAGUUUAGUCGGUGUGAACAUCACAUUUCAUUAAAACACUUUAAGCGAAUAUAAACGCGUUUAAUGUGUUGGUGUGGACACAGCUUUAGUGUUUGUAAUUUUCUAUUUUCUACUUUUGUAUAAAAAAAUUAUUUGUAAUAUUUUUUGUUUUUUUUUUUGCAAAUGUAUUUCACGAGUGCCUCCUUUAAUGUGUUAUUUUAGUUUAAUUCGUACUGUUUAAUUAGUUAAUUUUAAUGUUAAAUUUUGUUAAAAUAAUUUGUUCUUUGAUUUUGUCUGCACGCUUACAUAUAUUGUUAAUAUGUAGUUGUGUGUUUGUUAAAUUGUUUUUAAUUCAGUUUUUGUUUUAUUUUCUAUCGCCAAAGACUUUGACUUUCAUGUUUGAUUUUUGUUAUUUUGUAUCUAACUUAUUUUUAUUAGUAUUCCAAAAUAUUAUUCGGAUAUAACUAAAAAAACGUGAUACCAAACUUUCGAAUAAUAUAAUUAAGGUUUCAAAGGCUUCCAAAAAAUACAAUGUUUUGGAAUAAUAAUAAAAUUAUAAUGUUGAU